CACACACUUCAGCGUUUGCACGACUAAAGGCGAACAGUUGAAGAGAAAAGAAGAGAGUGGCGUUAUUACUGGAUCUAUUUUCGAUUUCCUAGCGAGACUUUAAAGCGAAGGCGGCGCUGAUUGGGCAGCACGGAGUCACGCGGUGUGCGCUCGCUUUGCCUCGCGCCCGUCCGUGAACGCGACUCUGCCUGCCUGCGCUAGCGGCGGUUCGAGCUCUGUGGAUCCUCCUCACAAUUAUUCUUAAUUGCCCAAACCUUUUUUUAAAUCCCUUUUUUUCUUUUUCUGAGACGUUUUCCCCCUAUCAUGGGCGACAAAAAGAGCCCUAUCAGGCCAAAAAGACAAGCCAAGCCGGCGGCGGAUGACGGCUACUGGGACUGCAGCGUGUGCACGUUCAGGAACAGCGCGGAAGCCUUUAAAUGCAGCAUCUGCGAUGUACGGAAGGGCACAUCCACAAGGAAGCCCAGGAUAAACUCCCAGCUGGUGGCUCAGCAGGUGGCGCAGCAGUAUGCCACCCCUCCCCCUGCGAAGAAAGAAAAGAAGGAGAAGCCAGAGAGACCUGAGAAGGAGAGGGCCGAUGGCGAGCGACCAGAGCGAAACCUGCCUGAUGGUGAGCACCCAGCCAAGGACAAGAUUGAGGAGAAGGACAAUGCUGAGAAAGAGAAGAAGGACAGGGAGAAAGAAAUCACAGUUGCCCUACCAAAGAAACCCGGCAGCAAAAAGACCAGGCCCAAGAUGGACAACCAUCAAAGCCCACCAAGUGAAAGAAACAGUAUACAGUCUGGGAAAUCAACUACCAAGACUAAAAACUCUCACAUCUCAAGUAGACCCAAAUUGAAGAACGUGGACCGGAGCACGGCCCAGCAGCUGGCCAUCACAGUGGGGAACGUGACAGUAAUCAUAACGGACUUUAAAGAGAAGACUCGUUCAUCCUCCACAUCCUCCUCGACAGUGACGUCCAGUGCCGCCUCUGAGCAGCAGCACCCGAGCUCGGGCUCCGAGAGCAUGGACAAGAGCUCGUCACGUGCCUCCACUCCUAAACGAGACCUCUCGCUUGGCCACGACGAGUCAUUCUGAGCCUUCAGACCAGUGCUCUUGGACACUGUGGAGAUGCUGGCUGUUCCGCAGUUCUCCUAUGCCCUGCUUUCAUUCCUCUCAUCUGCUUUCGAUUACCAAAAGAGGGACGAAUGUUUCACAUCCCCACAUUUACACAAAUGUUGAUGCGUGCACAUAUUUCCUGAUGGGAGAUAAUCUCAUGUCUCUGGACCUAUAGCAGUGGAUAUUCUCAGCAUCACACCUUGGUAGCACUGGAGUGACAGCAGGGCCAGUGAGAUGGCAUCCCCACUCUUGUAUGUAUUGUUUUAUACUUGUAAGUGAACAUCUGGCUGAAUCAACUUUUUCUUUUUUUUUCUUUUUUUGUAUUAAAAAAAAAAGGUCUGCUGUGCACAAUAACCACCUACACUUUAACAAUUUUCUGAAUGGCUAUGACACUUAUUUAUUAUCUGUUGUAUUUUAAUACUUUUAGAGAUUUUUUUCCCCCUUUUUUUUUUCGCUAAGUAGCAUGGCUGAUGGUUCCAUUUUACACUUUUAAUGAGUUUUUAAUGAGUUUGAAUUGUUUUCCUGGAGCCCCCUGAGAAACUCUCCCACAUUGGUGCUAGCUACACUGUGAAUUCUUUGUUUUUGUUUUUUUUUUCCUGCUCAGACAGUCUUUCACACAUCAAGGUCCUUAAGCUUAGUCUAUUUCACUCUUCUUCUCUCCCCCCCCCCCACCUCAGCUGUUCUAGUUAUUAUUAUCAUAAUUUUAUGUUUUUUAGUUUUGCAGUGAGUGCUAGGGGACGGCUGUCUGCUUUUCACAGUGGCAUUUUCAGCUCUCAUUUUUCCAGACAGUUCUGACAGUUUCUUAGCUUUUUUCACAGUCCAGGCUUUCACGCUCCAUGUGAUGCCCAUCUUUGACCUUUAACAUCUGUGAAUAGAACCUCGUAUUUUACACUCACAGUAGUUUUGCUCUGGAUCGACUAUAUAUGUGUUCGAAACCCUAAACAAGCUUACAGUUUAUUCUCAUGUCAGAGUUGGAUCAGGAUCUGGAUAUGCUCUCUCGGUUUGCUGUUGCUGUUUAUAUGAGUUAAUUACAUUUGUUCAGCAGAGGUAUUUGUAACUUAUUGGUUAUUUAAGGCAUGUAGUACAAACACUAAACUUUUUAGCCAUGGAACUAGUCUGGUUGUAAGCUAAUGCAUACCGUCCCAUGUUAUAACUUUCUUACAGAAUACGUUCCAGUGUACUUGAAUCACAGUCUUGAAGGAUAAGAAAAAAAAAACAAAAAAACAUGAAGAUGUAGAGACUGUAACUUGGGACUCAGAUGACUUACUGAUUGUGUAGAACCACAGGAUGUCGCUGAAGGAAAACAGAGGACACAAAAUGUUUUUUUUUUUUUUUUUAAUUAUUAUUUUACAUUUAUUUUAUUUUUCUCACUCAUCCAGAGUAUUCCCGUGUUUCAGACAAAAUCUCGCACCUCCGACGUAACGGCCAAAAUAAGAGUUGUGAUACCUAUCUAUCCCUUAAAAAAAAAAAAAAAAAAAAAAAAAAUCCACUUCCUUUUCAACUGUAUUAAACCUGUAUAAAGUAUGUGUAUAUGAUAUGAGUUUUAUUUAUUGAAGGACCAAAGGAAUUUGAUAUUGACACGAUAGACAAAUAACAAUUCGAAAUGUAAUGAUCAUAUGUGUGAUAUAUAAUAAUACAUUUUAAAUAAAGUCUAAUAUAAUCCAUAUCUAAUUCUUACCGUCUAAUUCUUGUCCACGAUAUACUGUGAAAGUUCAUCGGUUGCUUCGGAAUCAAGCCUGUAAAGACCACAUCAGCGUUAGAUGUUGUACAUUGCCGUGUCGAUUCGCGGAGCAAGACGCGGUCAGUUAGAAGGUACAACAGAACAUUGCAAUACUUUCAACCCGUAUCAUCCAUUUGAGUCGCUCUAGUAACUGUUAAGCGUCAGAAGUGUGAAAGUAUCACUCGUGUAUCACUUGUGUAACAGGACUUGGUUUUGCUCCUGCAGUGAUGAGAUGAAUUGAAGUUUUGCUCUUUUGUUUCCUUUCUCUUUCUCACCAGUGACUUUGGGAUAAUGUUCUGUUGAGACCGCAGUCGUUCCUAGUCCUCUAGUGUUCUGUACAAAUGAAGGCUUACUUUACUGGGUCAGUUUGUGAGACAGUAACCAUGUCUUUUGUGUAUUUGUGAUAUUAACCAGUGAUUGUCACUUCUGAAAGCAUCGAGUUAUAACCGCCCUCGCCCACAACCCCCUGAUCUUCUGCGCUUUAAUUAUACGGUGAACCACAUACAUGGCAGUUAUACUGAAAUGUUUUUUUUUUUUUUUUGGUUUUGUUUUUUUUGGAAGAAUAUGCAAUGUGAACACAACAUGAAGAAAACUACAUUGGGUAAAUUCCAAAAAUAAUAAUAAUAAUAAUAAAACCCCGAAUGUUACCGUUCCAAAUGCUCGCCACAUCCGAACCCACUUGUAGUUGCUGAGCACUGUAUAGCCUACUUUCCAUUUCUUCUGAUUAUAGCCAUCUUUUCACUUGCCUUACCCACUAUCACGAGCAGUUAGCUAACUUUUUUUUGUAAAAUUGUAAAGAGAAAAAUGAAUUGUAUCUUAAUUUAUUGGAAUUUUUAAACAAACAAACAAACAAAAAAAAAAAACAGUUUAAACAAUGCUUGUAUGUGUAUCUUUAAAAAUGGUGCAAAUGUCAACAUGAUAGGCUACAAAUGGCAAUGGAGCUGAACAUUUUGUUUUUUAAUUUUAUUUGUAAAUUUUUUUUUUGUCUCUUUUUCUUUAUUAUUUUUUAAAACGCGCAAGCAGUUCUGUUCUUGUGUACGACCAGUAACCUUAAUUUACUGUGUAAAGAUGGUUACGUUUUUUGUUUUGUUUUUUAGCUUCCUUUGUCAGAAACCCUCUUUAUUCGAAUGCUUCUUUACUUGUGAGAUACAGUCGCAUUAACUGUGUGAAAUUUCGAUAUCCGUGUACAGAUCACCCAGUCGCUUCAUUCUGAUCCUAAUCCGAUGUUGUUGUGAAGCGCUUUUACAGUUUGUUUCGUAAUAGCGUAGGGUCUAUUAGUGUAUUAACCGAACCAUUUUAUUUGAACUUUGUCAUUGCUUUGCGUUUCUUGCUACUCGCUUGAGUGUUCUUGGUAAUUUUGUGUGAUGGUUGUGUUAAUUUUCCUUGUGUAAAUGUUUUUGUUUUGUUUUUGGUUUUGUUUUUUGUUUUUUUAAUCGAACAUUGCUCCUUGUCUAUAGCUUACUACACUGUUCAAAUACUACAGUUUUCAGCAUGUGCACGACUUUGCUCUUUAGAGGCUACCUUUAUCAUUUUCUUCGCUUCAAAUAGAAAUGUCUAUUUAUGCAUUUUUGGCUUGUAGUUUUUCACAAAUAAAAUGUCCAAUUUAUCUAAA